AUGCCCUUCCAAUCCCCGAGCAGCACACGAGCGCACUGCCCUAGCACGCACGCACCCACACGAUCAGACGCAGCCGCCGCGCUGCCUUCCCGCGCGGACGCCCUCCGCCAUUGCCGCGCUCACUCCUGGCCGUGCUCCCGGCCGGCCUCCCCCCAUCCCCCGCGCUUCCGUCCCGCGCUGGCGCUGCCAUCUCGUGCUGCCGCCAGUCCGCCGUCGUCCGCCGAGGCCGAGCUCCCGGCCUCCACCGUCCUGCGGGCGAGCGGCGAGCUCAACCUCAACUGCGCCCCGAGCGUCGUCCGCUCCGGGAUGAGGCCUCCGUGCUCCUGCGGUUCUACCGGCUGCUGGGUCUGCAAGACAAGAUCCUUGCUUGAUGUCACAUGUGGACUCAUUAAUGAUGUUGAGUGGGAUGCGAAAUCUUGAAUGUGCAGUUCUUCCCCCAGGUAUAAGAAGCGCUGCUAUUGCACUGGAUGCCACUGCUAAAACUAUUUUUCCUUCAGAUCGUAGUGAUGUCGUGAUUGCCUUCCAAAGAAAUGUUUUUCCUGUCCCACCAUAUCCAUUGACAAAUAUCAAUUUGCCUAGUUUGCUAUUUACAGAUUGUAGUGUUGCAUCAAAAGCUUGUCUUUGUUCUGGAUUCAACUUUCUAAGUAAUGCCACUUUCUCUAUUUGGAGAGAAUCUCUGUCAUAGUUAAGCUCUUCACUUACCAACCUAUUUUCUAGACCUUGUAGUGAGUUGCUAUCUGGUAAUGGAAUUUCUUCAUAAUCUUUUAAUGACUUUCCACCUCUCCUUAGCAACAUCUCUAUCUCUAUAAGUGUGAGGUUUUG